AUGCUGUCGCGAGCCGCAUUGUACCGCCCGCGGAAGGCAGAAGAACAGACGGCCGGCCGAAGUAGACAGGGUAGGCUCCCAGGCGGCUCUGUACGGGAUCAGUACCACUUGUACAUGCGGAUGAAUGGGCGAUUCAUGAUCGGGCCGCCAUGCCGUGUCCACUCGAUGCCCCCUCUACCGGCCAGUCACCCUUGCAACUCGAACUAA